AUGCUAUUAUACUCUGUAAUUGUUUCGUUGCAAAUCAAUCUUGAUCUUACCAAUCAACUAAAUGACAGCAAGAGUGACACUACAUUUCAGCACGAUUGUCUUUAUGCUGAUGCCUUCAUCGAUCGUCAAAAUGGUCCACAUCAAAUCAUUUCGUAUUGUGCGAGUGAAUGGUCAUCGAAAUGGAAUAUUCAGGUGAGCAGUGAUGAUCAAAGAUUUACUUUUGUGGAGCUUCAAAAACAAAGUAUCACUAGUCGACAAUUAUAUUUUUGGUCGGCACCAAUCGAUGUUGCUGAAAACUAUCAAUUAUAUUUAAAUCAACUUUUGACUUCGUGUGACACAUCAAUGGCAACACAACUCUUCUACAACUGUACGUUGUCUAGAUUUGGUUCAUUGUGUCAAUAUACGUUCGAUGAUGAGUAUGAACCUCAUUAUACAUCAUUGAACGAGAUUAUUCACAAUUCUUAUCUGCUCGGGUAUCAACCGAUUACAUUCACAUGUUAUAAAAUUUUGCAAUGUAAUCGUGGUCCAGAUCCAUUGUGUCUUGACUGGAGUGAAAUUUGUAAUGGUAAAAUUGAUUGUACCGAUGGUGGACAAGAUGAAGAGCUUUGUUGGCAGCUGGAGAUUAAUGAAUGUCAAGAAAAUGAAUAUCGGUGUAAAAAUGGACAAUGUAUUCCGGACGCAUUUUUUCGUGAUGAUCCUGACAUUCCAGACUGUUUCGAUGGAUCUGAUGAAAUCGAUAAAAGAAAUCAAACAUAUGAUUAUUGUAUCACUGCUGAACCAACAUUCGGCUGUGAAGACGUAGCAUGUACAAAGUUACCAUACGAUGAUUUGAAUCUUUUAACAAGUUCAUGUAUGACACGACGAAAUGAACUUAUCAUGCAACAAAUGUUAUUAAAACCGAAAUCGAUAUCUGAUCUUUGCUGGUCACUAUUUAAGUGCUUUCUUCAUUUAUCAUAUUUCAUCGAAGAUCAAUCCUGUUUUACUUUUUGUCAAGAUCAGAACUGUGAUUCAUUGAUUAAGGAGGCUUGUCCGGAAGAACUUUAUAUGCCCACUGAGCCGAGUUUGCUUGGUGGUUUAUACUUUGUGUAUACAAAAAAUGAUUUUCUCUAUAUACCUUUUUACCCAAUAGAAUCUCAAUAUGUAUGCGUUAAUGAUAAUCUCUGCGAUGGAUUAUUUACAGUUAGUGAAUUGCCGUCGCUUAAGAACACCACAUGUUAUCAUCUUAAAAAACUUUCACAUUUUAUUACACCACUUAGCGGUAAAUGGACAUCGAUUCCUCUUAAACCUUUAGUCGGAGUACGUUGGGCAUGCCACGCGAUGUGUGUGAACAAUGAAGAUGAAGAAUUUUGUGAUAACAACCGGAAUCUAACUUUAUUUGAUAGCAUUUGUCACGAUAUGUAUUUCUCAGUACGUUCUGAUGUUGAGAGAUUUUUCUGUGAACGUCCUGACGAUACGCACAAACGGUCGACUGUACAUUUUUCACUUGGUAAAAUUGAAAAUUCAGCUGACUCCAUAACACGAUCAAAUGAAAGAAGAACUAUUUCACGUUCAUCAAAUACUCAGCAUCGUGAGCAGCGUUGUCAUCGCGGUCUUCCUGUACGAGUUUGGUUGGACAGGACUGUUCAACUAAACAUUUCACAUAGUCGAAAUACCUUGGAAAGCUGUUCAGAUUAUCGAUGUGUUCACGGUCAAUGCACCAAAUAUAUCAAUACAUUGACUACAACUACUUUCUGUCGAUGUCAUCAAGGAUGGUCUGGACGUUUUUGCACGAUUCCGCAUAGUUGUACAUGUUCAUCUGAUUCUCAAUGUAUUGGUGUAGCGGCUAGUAAUCGAUCGAUAUGUGUUUGUCCGAUUGAUCGAUUCGGAUCACGAUGUCUUCUCACUAAUCCAGUGUGUCAACUCGACCAAAAUAUUGCAUGUAAAAAUGGUGGCCAGUGCAUUCCUCAACAUGCAUACGUUCAAUACAAGAAGAAGUACACAUGUAUCUGUCCAAAAGGAUUUACUGGUGAGAAAUGUGAGAUUGCUGAAACAAAAAUCAGAAUCUCAUUUCAUCCUGAUAUUACUCUACCACAAUCGAUGCUUAUUCAUUUUAUUCGAGUAAUGAACGAUGAUCCACCUGAACGUGCAACGAUCUUCAAAACGAUUCCAGUCAAUCAGGAUGCAGCCAUUGUCUACUGGCCAUACCCUUUUCACGUUGUCUUCAUUGAGUUUUUCGACAAAAACUACUACUUGGCUGUUGUUCAACAAGCAUAUAAUCGAUCUAUAAUCAUCAGCAAGACGAUCCAUCUCUCAGAUCGAUGCAAGCACAUCAGUGAAGUGUUUAAUGAGACCAUAGUGGAAUUGCAUCUUCUUCGUCGUAUUAAAUACUAUCAUUUACCAUGUCAACAAAGACGUUCAUACCAUCUAUCCUGUUUCUAUGAUGAUAUUCUUUGUUUGUGCCAAGACUAUGGUGAUCAACAUUUGGCUAAUUGUUUCGAGUUCGAACACGAUAUGAAAUUCGAUUGUUCGGGUCAAAGUGGCUGUGAAAAUGGAGCUCCUUGCUUUCAAGAUAGUCCCAACUGUGCUCAAACAUCAGUAUGUGUAUGUCCCACAUGUUUCUAUGGCAAAAAAUGUCAAUUUAGUACGAGUGGUUUUGGUCUUUCGCUCGAUGCCAUAUUGGGCUAUCAUGUUCUACCUUAUGUGAGUCUUGCACAUCAGCCGACGACUGUACAAUUGAGUGUGGCAUUGACUGUAGUGAUAACCAUGAUAGGUUUCAUCAAUGGUAUUUUUUCUGUGACUACAUUUCAUAACAAGAAGUUACAAGAAGUUGGAUGUGGUUUCUACUUGUUCGGAUCAUCAAUUACUACGCUCUUGACGAUGGCUUUGCUUGCAUUGAAAUUCGGAAUUCUUGUUCGAACACAGAUGGGACUGAUUGUCAAUCGAUCAUUUCUUCAUUUUCAAUGCAAAUCGAUCGAUUUUCUUCUUCAAAUUUCACUUCAUACGGAUCAAUGGUUCAAUGCAUGCGUGGCCAUGGAAAGAGCUAUUACCAUUAUCAAAGGAAUAAGCUUUAACAAGGAAAAGAGCAAAAAAGUAGCUAAACUGAUGAUUCUCGCUGUUCUCGUGUUCACAAUCGGUACUGCUGUUCAUGAUCCUAUUCAUCGACAUCUGAUAGACGAUAAUGACAAUGAUGAGCAACGAAUCUGGUGUAUUGUCACUUAUCCAUCUAAUGUUCAAGUCUUCAAUCGAAUGAUUCAAUCUAUUCAUUUUUCUGUCCCAUUCAUCAUCAAUGUGAUAUCAGCUCUGGUCAUUAUUACUACAGCUGCUCGUCAUCGGGCAACUAUUCAAAAUUACCAGAGUUACGAAGAGCAUUUGCGUAAUCAAUUUCGACAGCACAAGCAUAUUCUGAUUGCUCCAGUAGUAUUGGCCAUUCUUAUUUCUCCACGUUUGUUCAUUUCAUUUGUAUCAGGGUGCAUGAAAUCAUCUCACGAGUCAUGGAUUUAUCUUGCUGGAUACUUUAUUUCAUUUAUUCCACCGAUGAUCACCUUCAUUGUGUUUGUCAUUCCAUCGAAACUGUACAAGGAAGAAUUUUUGGCAUUUAUACGGAAACAACGAAUUCUGAUACAAACUUACUGGCAUCGUAUCUUUUAAGGGUGAGUUCAUGGUCAAUUUAGCUUUAUUGCCUUCACCUUUUAUAAUUUACAGCGUGAAAUUUCUGACAUAUUGAGAUGAUCUAAAGACAUAGCUUUUUUGUACAGCUUGGAGAGUUUGUUAGUCACAGAGCUUAUUAGGACAAGUCACAGUAGUAGACUUGAUGCAUAAUAUCAAAUUGACCGUUCGUGUUUCAUGUUAUAAUAAUUAGUUGGAUAAAUCAACUGGUUGACAUCUUUUAGUAGCUUUCAGUAAAGAACCUACGUUCUUUCUAUUAAUACCGUGCUCUCAUGUAGUCAGCUUAACAACUUGAGCAUGACAAGAUAACAUUAAUGUUAAGCAUUCUAUUCAAGUUUUCAUAAUGCUUGAGUUCUUGUGAAGAUAAGAUUGAUGUAUUGCAUAGGGUAUAGAAGCAAAAGUAAUCAAAGCGAAAUCAAUAUUCUACAAGAAAAAGCUAUGAGCUCAUAUCAAAUUCACAGCAGGUUUUUAAAAUACCCAAGUACUUAUCAGAACUUUCAUCAUUAGUAGUAAAAAUGGGAGUGAACAUUGUUCACAAGCAGAUACCUAACUUCACUCGUUCAAAACAAACAUCGUCUUCAGAUAUAAAACUUUUGUUGCUUCUUUCUGAGAGAAUUUGAACGGGAGCUAACUUGUUAUGUAUAUUUUUCCAGAAUUAUUUUUUGUGCUCCAAAACCUGAAAACGAGUGAGUUUUGGAAAGUGAUUCCAAAAAAUCAUGAAACUCUAUCAGAGAUAAUAUUCUGAUGAUCUAAUCUGUAUUCGGAAUACCAAGUACUGAAGAUUCAAAGACUCAAUCAGUCAUGACGUUUUCUUUGUUGCAAAGCUAGGAUUAGAUGUUGGGAUGCAACACAGGAAUCUUUAGCGAAAAAUAAGAUUUGUCAAGAUAUUCAGUUAUCAUUGCUGAUAUACUCGGGUAGAGCUAAAAGGACCUAAAUCUUAUAAGAAACUAGCAAAUAUUUAGCAGCGAUUUACAAGGUUCGAUCCAUCGGAUGUGUCGUGUCCUCAAUCUCGUCGAACGAGAAGCUGAAAAAAUAGUUCAUGGAACGUUGAAUACGAAGUCAACAACUCAAGAGAUGUAUCAAUAGCUGAGCUUCUUUUGAAUUCAUUGAAUUAUUCGUCUUAUAUUACUGACUUUCGAAAGCACUCAGUAGAACAAUAAUUGCAUAUUUUGAUAUAGAGAUAUACGCACAUUAUCUCAAAAUUACUAGAAGAGCAAUCCCAUCGUCCAGAUUAGUGAUAGGGGAACGAUCGAAAUAUGGAGAAUAACAUAGCUCAACAUACCAAUUUAUUACUAUAAUUAUAUGUAUACACUUUGAGAAAACCAUCGACGUCUUGUUUUAUGCUUUAUUUUAGGUCAAUAAUCUCAUUAUCAGAGUAAUGGCCCACUUACAUGAUUAUUCUAUUAUUGCUUCUGUGGCAUUCAAACCAUUUUAUUAUUGUGUGUAACUGUAAGCUAAGUGUAUUUCGGCUUGCUAUUUGUUGUGUCUUCGUAAUCUAAAUAAAAUUUAUGGUGUUCUUCAUUAGUUUUAUUUGGUGUAAGCGCAAUUCUCCACGUCAAUUUUUUUAAAAACAUUUCUAUUCUAUGUCGAAUGCACUCUUCAGAUCUGUCUUUUGGUUGAAACAUUUUUCUUACAAAACCACAAAAAUCUAAUUGUCUUGUGGAUGACUGGGUUCGAGUAGAUAGAUAAGUUUUGGUCUGCGUAUUCGCUUAAGUCUUGAUAUUCUUCAUACUGCUCCAUCCGCAUCCUUUAUCCAAACCAUUCUAUUGCAAUUCGUUCAGAAUCAUUGGAGAUUGUUUAGUAUAUCAGA